CUGUGGCGAUGAAACGGGCGCGAAUAAUUAAGAGGCGACGAAAAAGUUGGCGACAAAGUGGACGAUAAUAAAGCCAAGGCGAUGAACAAUGUGGCGACAAAAAGUAUUUGACCAAGAAAAUUUUUUUUUCUGAUUUUGUCUGAAUAAAAAUUUUUUUUCAAGGGGUCCGGUUUUUUUCUGUUUAGAGGGGCUUAAUUUUUUCAAUUUUUUGUCUAGUUACAUUAAUCCAAUUUUAUACUUAAAACAAUUUUCUACUGAUAUCUUCGUGUUUUGUUGAAUAAAGUAAAGCCUAUUGAUUGCUACGAAUGAAAAAUUUCUGCAGGAGUUUAUCACACGCCUUACCGGCCAUUUUAACUUGGUCUCUAAUUGUUGGCUGCUCAGCGGCGUUUUUCUAUAUUCUCGUUCCGGCGUUAAUCAUCAAGCUUGGGACGUUUGGUUAUCUUUUUUGUGCGAUAGAUUUUGUUCUGUUUGCUUUUUGUAUUUCAAAUUUGUUUAUGGCAACGACAAUGGAUCCUGGUACUCAUCCAAUCGCAACCUCUUCUGAAGUAGCCAAUUUGGACGAUUUCCGUUCACCUCUUUAUAAAAGUGUUGAAAUAAAUGGAAUAACAGUUAGAAUGAAAUGGUGCGUUACUUGUAAAUUCUACAGGCCUCCGCGUUCUUCACAUUGUUCAGUUUGUAACAGAUGCAUCGAUUGCUUCGAUCACCACUGCCCUUGGGUCCACAAUUGUAUUGGACGACGAAAUUAUCGCAACUUUUUCUUGUUCCUCUUCUUCCUCAGCUGGCAUAUGAUUUGUGUGUUUAGCCUCUCAUUAAGCUACACACUCCUAAGUCGUCGGGAUAUUCUUACAAGGCCAAAUCUUUGCUCAAUUGUGUUAAUGUCAAUUUGUACUUUACUUGCUGUCCCUGUUAUUGGGUUGACUUGUUUUCACAUUGUUCUGGUUUUGAGAGCGAGGACGACGAAUGAACAGGUAACGAAUAAAUUCCGUGCUGGACUGAAUCCGUUCACUGUUGGAUGUUGUGGGAAUUUGUGUCAUUCUUUAUGUUCCAGUCAAUUUCCAACCAGUUAUGAGAGGCCUAACAAGAAAAAUCAAAGGGUACAUAGAGAAGCAGUUAUUGUGUAUGUGCCGGAAUGCGACAAUCAAAAGGAUGGUCAAAUCAGGUUGAAACGAGGUGUCGGUGAAGACAGCGCGGUCUCGAUUGGUACAGCAGUCUCAGGCGUUGGGUUUAAAUCGGCAAAUUCUUUAAAUCGUGUAAGAAUGAUUGCUGACUCAAGAGAAGACGAUUCUAGAUGUAAUUUAUUCAAUGCGGAUGAAGAGGAAGAAGAAAAUCAAAAGAAGUUGGAAGUGAAAGUCAACAAUAAUUCGGCUAAUAUUGAUUGUGAAUUACCUCUCUCGGCCUAUGAACGUAGUCUUCAUGAAGCUUACAAGGAUGUUCCACAUGUUCGCCUUUCAAGUUCAGAAAAUUCAGCUACGCAAUCAUUACUUGGCGGUGGAAAUAUCAAAGGUCUUUGCAAAGCGGAUUUAAAGAAUGUCAGAAGCAAUAGAAGGAACAACAGCAGUCCAACAAAAAGAAAUUCUUUUCAUGGAAUGUUAUCAAUUAAUAGAAAAAAUGAAGCAUCACCAAAUGGAGUAAUGACAAGUAUUUCUGAAUGUAGUAAAGGAAAUUCUACAAUUUAUACUAAUACAACAACAACGUCUUUACUUACUAAAAAUGAAAUGUCAAGGAGAGCUUAUUUUUGA